CGGUACGGCGCGCGGCGGCCCUAGUGCGAACCAUGGGAGGUGGCUGGUGGUGGGCUCGGGCCGCCCGCCUGGCCCGUCUCCGCUUCCGGAGGGCACUGCUGCCGCCUCAGCGGUCCCGGAGCGGGGGUUCCCGGGGGUCCUUUGCCCCCGGCCACGGUCCCCGCGUCGGGGCUUCGCCACCCCCAGUGUCCGAGCUAGAUCGCGCCGACGCUUGGCUCCUCCGGAAGGCGCAUGAGACAGCCUUCCUGUCUUGGUUCCGAAAUGGCCUUCUGGCAUCGGGCAUCGGGGUCAUCUCUUUCAUGCAGAGUGACAUGGGUCGGGAAGCCGCCUACGGCUUCUUCCUGCUGGGCGGCCUGUGUGUGGUGUGGGGCAGCGCAUCAUACGCUGUCGGCCUGGCGGCACUGCGGGGACCCAUGCAGCUAACGCUGGGGGGCGCGGCCGCGGGCGUGGGUGCUGUGCUGGCUGCCAGUCUGCUCUGGGCCUGCGCGGUCGGCCUCUACAUGGGUCAACUCGAGCUGGACGUGGAGCUGGUACCGGAAGAUGACGGGACGGCCACCGCAGAAGGCCCGGAUGAAUCGGGCCGGCCACCACCCAAGUGAGCAGCAGGGCCACGGCCCUGAGGACUGGGACAUUAAAACCUGACCCUUCGCUCACUCCA